AUGCUCCGCCAUCCUAAGCAGGCUGCCUGUCUCGUAUGCCGCAAGAGCAAGAUCAAAUGCGAUUGGUCUCUGGACCGGAACGAGUGCAAAAGCAAAUUAAAAGGCUCUAACAAGGCCCUCUUUCAAAUAGAACAGGCCGUCAGGAGAGUCCAGUCAGGAAAGCAGACCUCCGAAGAUAAUGAAACAAUUCUAGCUCUCAGGCAACUCCUAGGCGAGGUUGGGGGCACCUAUUCAGCUAGGCCGCUCAACCCGGUAGCAGUUGAGUCUAAUGAGCCAUCUCGGGUUGAUGAUGAUGCAAAUAAUCUAGCCUACUCAGAUGACGAAGACGAAACUGAUGCCUCACCUGAACAUCAACCAUUCGUUAUUGCACACCACCGCGAAGGGAGCCUCACAGUGGACGACGCCGAAAACCCCCUACAGCUUCUUGCUCGGGCAUCCAACUUGCAGCUGUCUCCCACCGCCAGUGGAACAGGCAACUCGCCCGGUCUUCCGGGUUCCCUGGUCCAUCCUGGUGCUAGGAAUCAGCCCCACGACGAGGAUGACGGCGACUCGGAGAUUCAGUCCUUCUUCACGGGCGUGCGGGUGAACCUCGAUACCGGCGAGGAUAUUGACCCAAUUGAUAUGGGCUUAGUGACUGAACGCGAGGCGGAGGAACUGUUCGAUUACUUCCACAAGAACCUCGCCCAUACGCGAUGGGGACUGGACCCCAAGCUUUAUACUGUCCCCUUUACGCGUUCACGCUCCGCCUUCCUCUUCACCUCCAUAAUGGCUGCCUCGGCUUUGUUUCGCUUGCAGGACGGCGCUCUGUCCAAGAGGUUGUCGAGACACGCAAAGAACCUGGCCCAUAGGGUAGUGGUCCAACAACACAAGUCGGUUGAAAUCGUACUCGCAUUCAUGGUGAAUGUGCCUUGGAUGUUCCCGGGCCAUCAUAGUAGUGACGACGAGACGCCCUGGUAUACCGCCAUGGCCACUAGCAUCGCCAUAGAUCUCUCUUUACACAAGCUCCUGGUCCCCGCUGACAUGCCGGCCACGGCUGCGGACGUUACCCGCGGAGAUUGCGUCGACCCCCGGACGGCCUUGGCCAUGGAUGGGUUCGGCCAGGUUGAUCCAGCCUCGGAGUUCGGGCGGAGACUACUCCGACGAAGGGAAAGAUGUUGGAUUGCCCUAUUCGUGCUCGAGCGGGGCAUGUCCCUUGCUCGCGGGCGCAACUUUACCGUUCCCCUCACGCGAUCCGUACGAGACUGCGACCAGUGGCAUAGGUCCGACAUUGCCGACUCGCAGGAUAGCCAUCUUGUGUCCAUUGCAGUAUUGCGCCGGGAUCUCGAUGGGGUUUUCGCCACAGUCCGCGCCAUGUGUGACGGCUCGCAGAAGAACAACGCUUCCGACAGCUCUCUCAUAGCGCAGUCUAUCCAGGGCAUAAUUGAGAGAUUCUUCGACCAGUGGCAUGCGGACUGGGGCAUGUCCAUCGGGUCCGGUCCGCAGGGGGAGCUACCCCCGUACGUAAAUAUCCUCGUGGCUCACACAAGGCUGUCCAUCUACAGCGGCGUCAUCAACCAUCCCACCGCGCCGAUCGAGGUGAGGCAGUUCUUCAGGACGGCGGGCAUGUCUUCGGCUCUCACGGUCCUACGUGUUGCCAUUAGAGGCGAAACCGUGCUGCGCUCGAUGCCCAACAACACCGCCAUCAUGAUCACAUUUGCGGCCUGCUUUGCCUUGACGAUAAGCGCCUACGCGAGUGGGAGUUCUAACCUGGCUCCGAGCGUCAGGACUUUGAUAGAGGAAGCGGCAGGUGUGCUUGAACGCGUCGGAAACACGACGCCGCAUCGGAAUGGACUGCCUUCGCUCUACGGUCGAUAUCUCCGAAUCAUUGUGAAGAAGGCAGCUACGGCAGCGGAUGGACACUCAACGGCUCCUGUCGCCGCCCCACACCCUGCGCCCGCUGCAAUCAUCACUGGCGGCAACCGUGGUGAAGGCAGAAGCAAUGAUAAUAAUAAUAAUAAUAAUAAUAAUAACAGCGGCGACAAUAACAACCACCAAUUCAACCUAGUACCUGCACCCGGGGUAAGCCUAAGUCUCCCCCUCGCAGACGCGGAUUACCUCAACCCGCAAACCCAGCCCCAGAUGACCUUUUCGGCGAUGUCGGAUGAGCAGAUCAUCGAGAUUCUUAACCAGCCUCAUAACGCUUUCGAUCCAGCCGGUGCGAACUUUUUGUGGGAGGACAUGAACAACUUCGAGGGUUUGAGUUGGCCCAACAUGCACGGUUUCAAUUUCUGA